UGACUGACGUGGUAUACUGAGAGUGGAUCGUGGAUAUUAAACGAAGCGGUCACACCGUGGCCAGUUCUACGUAAAUGGAUUGCAGGUGGUGAAGAAUUGAUUAUUUGACAAAGAUUUUAAUAUUUUUUUCUACAUUUUUGGUGAAAAAAUUAAUUAAACUCUGCUAAAAUGGUAUUGUUAACAAUGAUUGCAAGGAUAAUAGAUGGUUUACCAUUAGCAGCAACCAUGCAAGAAGAUGAACAGACAGGAAGAAGUAUUUUAGAAUAUCAAAAUCAAGCAAAAAUGUUAUUUAGAAGAUUAGGACCUCAAUCUCCAACUAGAUGUACUAUAGAAACAGGUCCAUAUUUAUUCCAUUAUUUAAUUGAAAAUGAUGUAUGCUAUUUGGUAUUGUGUGAAAAGAAUUAUAGUAAACGGAUUGCAUAUAGUUAUCUUGAAGACAUAGCACAAGAAUUUCAUUCAUUAUAUGGUAGACGUGUUAAUUCAGUUACUAGGCCCUAUAGUUUUAUUGAAUUCAAUACAUAUAUUCAAAAAGCAAAGAAAGUUUUUUUGGAUGGUAGGUCAAGAAGAAAUAUGAAUGCACUCAACAGCCAACUACAAGAUGUACAGAGAAUCAUGGUUCAAAAUAUAGAUGAUGUUUUACAGAGGGGUACAGUUCUUUCAGAACUAGACACAAAGACACAAAAUUUAUCCAUGUUAUCACAAAAAUAUAAAAAGGAUGCAACUUACUUAAAUAGCAAGUCUAUGUAUGUAAAGGCUGUGGCUGGACUUGUUGCAUUUUUAGUCUUCCUGUUAUAUUUUUUUAUUCUUUAGUUCUUCAAUUUAUUUGAUAUAUUAAUUAUUAUCUAAAACCUGGUUUUUAUCAUUAUUAUUCCCCAUAUUCUUUUUUUUUUUUUGGGUAUAGCAAAUAUUUUUUUUUCUGCGAAUUUACUUUUCCAUAUGAUAUAUUUAAAUGUUAAGUCUAUUUAAAAUUAAAAACAAUGUACAUAUAUUGUAUUCAGAGAAAUACUAGUCGCAAGGAAUAUAAUGAUAUUGAUAUCGUUCAAGAUAUGACUUUCAUAUAUUAUCAUGCAGUAAAUAUAACAGUUCUUUAUGUAAUUAA